CACCUCAGCCUAAAGAUGUCUUCAAGUUGGAUGCAGGUGACAUUUCUCCUUGUACACUUGAUUGUUGCAGGAGCAGUGGUGUACCAGUACCCAGGGUCACUAACAGUGGCAGAGGGUACCAAUGUGACAUUUCACUGUGACAUCAGUGAAAUGGGAGGGGAAUGCUCUUAUAUCGUAUGGGUGCAAGUGGGACCUAUGAGAAAGCUCACACUCUGGCCUCAAAAAACCUACAGUGUCCACACCAACACAGCCUGCCUCCUGAACAUCAUCAACGCCAACAGGACAAGUGUGGGCACCUUCUACUGUGCCCUGCUUAACGGUGCCAUGCUGAACAUGGGCAAUGGGAGUGUGCUGGAAGUCUCUGACCCUGUCACCUCUGACACUACUCUGGAGGUCCUGGUGCCCGUGGAUUGGCAGGAGGCCCCCUCAUCCCCAGUCCCACUCAUGUGCCUGGUGUCUGGGCUGGAUCCCAGUCAGGCCAGGGUGUACUGGGAGGUGGGGGGGAAGGUUCAGUCCUCAGAGAGUUUACCUGAGGUUCUGUCAGAGAAGCCAGCCAGUGUCAGAGUCCAGCUCUCUGUACCUGGCCAUACCUGGGCUGAAGGUGAAGAGAUCACCUGUGUUAUGGAGAGCACCACUGGGGUGAAGAUGAACAAGACAGUCAGCAGGAUGGGAAUGGAGAGGUCCAGACAGGGAAUGUUUCUGGCCAUCUCUUUGGGCGGCAUGUGUAUCCUUCUUUCUAUUGUGGUGAUUAUCAUCACCUUGUAUGUCUGCAGACUGAGACACAACCCUCGAAAGAAAAUAUGUGAACCCUGUGAGCACAACCAGGAUGGUGCACAGGGUCUGACUGAGGUGCAGUAUGCCAGUUUGAAGUUUGGAGCUGGUCGUGGGAGACCCUUACCUAGAGCCACAGCUAAAAACAGACAAUAUAAGUAGGCUAAAGCUGCCCUUGUAACACCUUACAUGUGAAUUCACUUUUCUACAAAAACAUACAAGAAGUGCUUAUUCAUUCAGGGUCAUCGGUUUGUCAAAAUGCUUCUGUGCUUGCUUGCUUAUGUUAUCUGACCUACUUAUUUGAGUCAAUGAUUUAAGGAUUUUAGCUUUUAGA